AUGGUUUUGAGUCCUGGUCGUGUUGAUUUCUGGCUUACUAUAUUCACUGAGUUGGAAAUGCGGUCCAAUCCAAUGGCUGGAUGUCAGCAUGUGCGACUUUGCAAGCUCCAAAAACGAAAAGUGGCAUCGAUAAAGCGUACUGUGAUGAUUGAUAAAGUGGGCAGUAGUGUUACCAAUUCACAAAUGCACGUCGGAUAUAUUGUUGCUGAGCGACUCAGAGCACCAAAGAAUCCUGUUAUUUUAUGCCAUGACAAUGAUUGGGCAUUUGUUGCGCUUUCCUAUUGGAGAUUGCCACUCAAUUCUUGUUCAAUCGACACAACAUCCAUCAUACGUUUGCGAUCUAGUUCAAUGGAGCAGAUUGCACGUUUAGGAAUGCAACUGUUUGCAUACCAAUCACCACGAAAGGAAUCAGUGGACAGUGUUGUACAUGUUACAUUUUGCAUGAAUAUGGCUGCAAAUUAUGAAUCCAGUUGCUACUCCCUCGAAUAUCGAAUUUUCCAUUAUAUUAAUUUACCAACUGUCGAUUUGAAAUUAAAUGAUAUUAUUGGAUAUGUCAAACUCAGAAUAGGGCCACAGUCAGUACCAUUUCUACAGCUAAAAUACUGGAGAGGAAUCUAUGAUGCUUUACAAGAUCUAGGAUGCGAUGUGCAUAUUGCCCGUGUUGGUUCAGUUUCACCCAUUAAAACUAGAGCUCACCAACUUACCUCCUAUAUUGAUCGUACCACCCCCGGAAAAUCCGUUAAUCUUAUUGCUCAUUCUAUGGGUGGUUUAGAUUGUCGCUACAUGGUUACUCACAUAUCACCCAAAUCGUUCCGUAUUGGAUCCAUCACAACUGUUGCAACGCCUCAUUGCGGCUCCUCUUUUAUGGACUGGUGUCGCGAUGCACUUGGUCUUGGAAAGCUUCAACGCUAUGUUCAACAUUAUGCCGAUGAUAGUAUUGCUACCUCUAUUUUAAACACUACAAGUUCAACCUUGUGUGAUAUUGACAAUGACAGAUCUUGGUCACCUACACAAUCCUUAUCAUCACAAGUGUCGGCCAAAAAGUCGUCAUCACAGCUGUCCAAGCCACGUUCUUUUAAAUCUAAACAACAGUCUGAUUCUGUGUCAAAAACAAUACACUUUUUGGAGAGUCGGGAUAUUUCAUCUGAUUUUCCGUCCUGCUCAUACAAACCAGUGGCCAAGUCUCAUCCUAUUAUUCGUGCAAUAUUCUCACCUAUGGAUGCUCCUGCAUUUACAAACCUCACACGGGCUUACUGUGCAGCAUUCAAUCAAGCAACACCAGAUGAUCCUAAUAUAUAUUACGCCUCCUAUGCCGCUGUUGCGGAUGUUAGUAAACUGGCUCCGCUUCACUUUUCCCAUCAAAUCAUUAAUCGAUUAGAAGGAGCUAAUGAUGGUUUGGUAUCUUUAAAAUCUGCACAAUGGGGUGAGUUUAUGGGUGCAGUAGACUGCGAUCAUUGGGAUUUGGUACCUCCCAAAGUGCGUGGAUUGACUAGCGCGAUUACUGGUAAACGAUUUGAUGCCAUUGGGCUAUACCUUCGAAUGGCCACCGAAUUGGCUGAUCGUGGGCUAUAA